AAAAAUUUUCCAAACCAUUUACUUUUUCCAUUUAAAACAAAAGAUUUCUAUAUCUGAUACUAUUCAAUGAUUAGUAUCAAAUGUAAUUUUUUUAAUAGAAGCAUUAGUGACAGUACAACAAAAUGACUGUUGUUAACUGCAGUCAGUUCGAAGUUCGGCAUUUAAACCGAAAAUUGAAUUUUUGUCGUAGUUUAUUUAUCUUUCGACAUGAAAAUUGGAGAAAGUGACCCAUCUUACGAAAUUAUUGAUUUUGAAAAAGCACUUAAAUUGAAAGAAUACACUCAUGCAGCUCAUUGUUGUAUUUUUUCUCGGAAUCCAACAGUACUCUUUGAUUAUGAUCAGCAAUACAAAUCAUCAGCUUUGAUCUCCAUGCAAAUGCGUUUUGAUGGCACGCUUGGGUUUCAUGGGGGCAUAAUUGACGAAGGAACAGAUAUACUUACAGGGCUGAAUCGUGAACUUAAAGAAGAAAUAAAUUUGAAAUCAACAUUUCACGUAACUCAUGAAGAUCAUAUGUUUACCCAUGUGGCCAACUCAAAGAAGUUCUGCUAUCAUUUUUAUGCAAAAGAAGUAUCUAAAGAAGAAUUUCAGAGUAUAGAAUAUGACACUUUGUGUGCUGAUGAGUAUGGAAUUGAGACCUUUGGUUUGGUGAGAGUGCCAAUGUUUGUUAUGCAUGAUCAUAUUCGAGGAUUGCCAACAUUUCUGAAGAACCAAUUUGCUGGAUGUGCUAAAAUUCAAUUGCUGAACUUUUUAGUACUAAAAGAACUAUGUUCUUGUGAUGAAUUAAAUGUAUAUUUGAAUAAAUCUUAGUACGAUAAUGUUGUAGUAUAGUGGUCACAAAUAAUAAAAUUAUUGGGUUAUAUUA